AUGAGAUCAGUAUCCAGUGAAUGUUCAGUUGCUCAGGCCAGAGUUUCAGGCAGAUUUGUGUCUUUAGUCGACACUCCUGCAUUAUUAAACACUCAGAUGAAUCAAGAACACUUAAUGAAGGAGAUCAGCAGAAGUGUUUGUUUAUCCAGUCCUGGACCUCACGCUAUCCCCAUUGUGCUCAGACUAGACAGAUUCACUGCAGAGGAGCAGCAGAUUCCUCAGAUGAUGGAGGAGAUGUUUGGUGAAGAAAUGCUGAAAUACUCCAUCAUUCUCUUCACCGGUGGAGAUCAGCUCAGAGGAGAGACCAUAAAGGAGCUGAUAGAGCAGAAUGGUGAAUUAAGAGCUGUAUUGGCUCAGUGUGGAAGCAGAUAUCAGCCGUUCAAUAACAUUGAUGAGAAUAACAGACAUCAGGUGGAGGAUCUACUGCAGAAGAUUGACUCAAUCAUACAGCAGAAUGGAGGAGCACACUACACUAACCAGAUGACUGAAGACGCUUAUAGACGCAGAAGAGGAGAAAGAUUCAGAGAGAAAAAAUUAGAGCUCAGAAUCACAGAAAUGAUAGAAGCUUAA